GGUGCAAGUGAAAGAAAUUCGGUUUAUCAGUGAAAAUCUUACAACGCUUGAACUAUUACAGCUACUUAACAAGCACGUAUCGGCACUGGCACCUGUUGAGGAAAUCACGUCGAAGCUAGCUACUAAAGCUGAAAAACAAAAACUAGCUGCAGGUGGCAAGAAAGGCUCCAAAAGGAAGUAAUUGCAUUUGAUAAAAUUUACAAAAUGGUGAAAAAACACAAGGGCACAUUAGCUGUGAUUGAGCAGAUAUACCAGGAUAUACCAGCUUUUACGGAUAUUUUCACCGAAGAGUCGUUUUACAUGUUCGCCUUUUGUUUUGUUUGUGCUACUAUUUUGGUAGCCUUCAUAUUAUCCAGGUUCAUUACUCUAAAACCAGUUGAAAUAUAAAAUAGUACAUAUAUAUAAAUUUCUUAAGUAAAAGUAUUUUUUAUGUAAUAUGGAAAUCGUCUUUUUUGGUAGAAAUCAGACAGAAAUAAUGAGAUGUUAGAAAGUUCUUCAUAGCGUCUGCUAUCCAGUGGAUUUUUUUUGUCCCUAACAAUGUUGCUGCAUAAAUAAAUAAAUAAAAUACUGGG